AUGGAUUACCUAAGAGAAGCAGAAGGAAAAAGAAUCCGUGACAAGAAGAUGGGAGAAUCAAGGUGUUUAAUGGUCACUGGACCUGUGAUAGUUGGUGCUGGCCCAUCGGGAAUGGCGACGGCUGCUUGCCUUAAAGAGAAAGGCAUCCCUACCUUGAUUCUCGAAAGGGCUAAUUGCAUAGCUUCCCUAUGGCACCACAAAACCUACGAUCGCCUUCGACUUCAUCUCCCCAAGAAUUUCUGUGAACUCCCGUUCAUGCCUUUCCCGGAAAGUUUCCCCUCUUAUCCAACCAAACAGCAGUUUUUAUCCUACUUAGAUGAUUACGCUAACCGCUUUGGCUUGGAGCCAGUUUUCAACACGACUGUCGUCAAUGCUGAAUAUGACCACCGCUGUAAGUUUUGGAGGGUUAAAACUUCGGGGCUCAAACAAGAGGAAACUGAGUAUAUAAGUCAGUGGCUGAUUGUCGCCACCGGGGAGAAUGCAGAGGAGGUGGUGCCGCAUAUCGACGGAAUGGAAAAUUUCGGCGGGCCUAUUCUUCACUCUAGCUCCUACAGGUCUGGAGAAAUAUUUUAUGAAAAGAGAGUAAUGGUUGUUGGAUGUGGGAAUUCAGGCAUGGAGGUUGCUUUGGAUCUCUCCAACUACAACGCCCGUCCAUCCCUCGUCGUCAGAAGUGCGGUGCACGUUUUGCCUCAAGAGAUAAUAGGGACAUCAACUUUUGGAAUAUCUAUGUUCUUGCUCAAGUGGCUUCCUCUACGCCUCGUGGAUAAAUUUUUACUUCUGAUGUCGUGGUUCCUGCUUGGAGACACUGCAAGAAUUGGAAUCAAUCGCCCGAAGCUUGGCCCUCUUGAACUGAAGAAUUUGUCCGGCAAGACCCCUGUAUUAGACGUCGGCACAAUAGGAAAAAUCAAAAGCGGGGAUAUUAAGGUAAUUAGCCAAGAAAUCAAGAGACUUACAAAGGAUAGUGUAGAGUUCGUUGAUGGGAAAGAGGAGAAAUUCGACGCCAUCAUUCUAGCGACGGGUUUCAAAAGCAAUGUAGUAUCUUGGUUGAAGGAGGCCGAUAUGUUUUCCCAGAAAAAAGGGAUGCCUCGGAAGCCAUUUCCAAAUGGAUGGAAAGGCCAGAAUGGGCUAUAUGCAGUAGGGUUUACUUACCGUGGCCUGCUUGGUGCCUCCUUUACUGCAAGAAAAAUUGCAGAAGAUAUUGAGCAUGAUUGGAAAGCUGAGGCCGCAAAUUUCAUGGCCUUUUCUCUGCAACAAUCGGAACUAGAAGCGAAAGAGAUCAUCAAAACCAAUAAAAUCUUCUACCAAUAGCCAACUACUAAUGGACGUUAAUGCUAAGAAAUUUUCCUCCUCCUGCUUAAUUUGAUCGAAUUGAUUACAAGA